AUGGUAGCAGCCCCCAAGUGCGCCAAGCCGAAACGCCGCCGCGAUCCAGGAGAGCUGACAGAACGCGUCUUCAUCCUUUCACAGUCGGUAUCAGCAUCAUACAAGCCGUCUCCGCUCGGCUACGGCUCGCCUCCCUCGCGUGGCUCGCCCUUCAGACGACCAGAAUCACCCGCGUCGCCCUCGCCGCUGCGACACACGACUCCCUCCGCAUCACCGACCAAAGCCGCACCGCUGGGCGGAGCUGCCCGAUUCGCGAGACCAACAACGCCGACUAGCACGCAGGAUAGCUGGACGCCGAGGGCGCAGACGCCCGCCGAGAGCAUGAUAUCGCCUCAGAGACCCCAGUCCUCAUCAAGAGCGCCUCCGCCGAUGACGGCACUGAGCAACGGCAACGCGCUCUCCCAGUUAUUGCCCGCACAGGUCAGGACGCUGCGGGAUGGCUUCCAGAUCCUAGACAGAGACUGCGACGGCGUCGUCAACCGCGAGGAUGUCGCCGACAUGCUGAGCCAGCUCGGACUACCGAAUGGUCACUCUGACGUUGCCAAGUUCUUCCCGCCAUCCCGGCCGCAGACCAUCGCUUUGGCUGCUUUUCUCAACUCGCUCGCCGAGGCGCUCGCGGCACUCUCCCCCAGCGCCGAGCUCCUCUCCGCAUUUUCAGCCUUUGAUGAUGACGACAGCGGUCAGGUGAACUGGGCCGAGCUGCGGGACGCCCUGCUCAACACGGCGCCUGAACCUGGCGAGCGCGCGCUGACGGCGGCCGAGGUUGACAAGGUAGUGGACGGCUUCACCGGCCGGCGGGCGUUCAAUCGCAACAUGAAUGCCCAGCUCGGUGCGAAAAAGGGAGAGGUGUUUAAAUAUCAGGAGUUUGUGCACUCCAUCAUGGGGGCGAAUGGAGGUGCCGACAACGGCACAAAUGGAAACGCGGAGGACUGA